GAUAACUGUAGUGAAGUCUCCAAAGCAAAAGAUCUUCAUGAGACUCUCUAUGUCUUAAAUACCUCAUCUCUCUCUCUCUCUCUCCAGAGAAAACUCAGCAACUACCACUUUCAGAGAUAACAAUUUACUGUCUUAAAAUGAAGAAGAGAGACUAAUUCUAUGGUAGCGUUUGCGUUCUCUUAAUUAAUCCAAUCUUCCACAUCAUUUACUCUCAAUCUCUCCUAGCAAAGAAAACAUUCCGACUCUUUCUUGGAUCUCUUUGGGGUAUGUUGUGUGUGUGAUGUGGAUUAUCACUUGGGAAGGAAAUGGCAGGAUUCUUCUAUCUAGGAGGGAGAGACAACAUCAACAACAAGCAAGAUCAUCAUCAUCAUGUAGACAAAGACCAUCAUCAACAAGACAAGAGCAAUUAUCUUUAUCUUUACAAAGACGAGAUCUAUAACACCAACAAGGGUUUCGAGAUUUGGCCUCCACAAUACUUCCAACAACAACAACAACAACAACAACAACAGAAUCAUGUCACAGCUUCUACAAACUUAUACUCCUUUGGAAUGGUCCCAAGCAGCAGCAACAACAACAACAAUAACCGGAGCCGGAGCUUAUACUUCAACGUCGUCUCCGAUCAUGAGCCCGGAGGAUUCUCGGUGACAAGGCAAGGAGGUACGAAUUGUCAAGAUUGUGGGAAUCAAGCUAAGAAAGAUUGUCCUCAUUUGAGAUGUAGAACUUGUUGUAAAAGCCGAGGCUUUCACUGUCAGACUCACGUUAAGAGCACUUGGGUUCCUGCUGCUAAACGCCGUGAGCGUUUAGCUCAACUCGCUUCCUUGCAGCACCAUUCAGCCACCAGCCGAGAAACGCAAAACGCAAAAGCAAAACGCCUACGAGAAGCAAAUGGUGGUGAUAAUGAUGAUAAAGACCGUAGUGGUGGUAGUGGAUCGGCUCUUGCUACCCGUUUGGUGAAUGCUAAUUCCAAUUCAGGGUUUGAGGAGAGUCAAAACUUACCACCGGAAGUCAGUUCACCGGCGGUUUUCCGAUGCGUUCGAGUGAGCUCUAUGGAGAAUGAUGAAGAUGAACAAGAAUAUGCUUAUCAAACGGCUGUGAACAUAGGAGGACAUGUCUUCAAAGGCAUUCUUUAUGACCAAGGUCUAGAUCAAGAUCACCAUCACCAACUUGACCUCCUUGCCUCCACUGCCACAACCACCAAUGCCGAAGAGAUAGCUGCUAAAACGGCGGUCACUGUCGCGGCAAACACUAACAAUGGAUUAAUGAUCGAUCCUUCGUCGCUUUAUCCUUCUCAGCUGAACUCCUUCAUCGCUGGUACGCCAUUCUUCACACCUCCGAGGUCUUGAGAUUAGAUUCAGACUACUGAAUAUUACUUCAUCUUUACAACGUUAUAGUGAUAAGAUGUCUUUCUUUGUUGUUGUACUCAACUUUAUCUUUUUGAAAUUUCGUGCAAUUUGAUCAAACUCCCUUAGUUAUAGGUUGCUACUUAUAAAGGUGAUGAUUAAGAUGCACAUCGUACGCGUGAUCCGUAUUUUAUAAUAACAUCAAUGAGAUUUGUACUA